GCUGCGGGUCAGGCCCCGCCCACACUGAGCGGUGACUUGGCCCCGCUGCGCUCUGGGCUCUGGUUGGAGUGGCCGCUCCUAGCCACUCGCCCCGGCCGCUCAGCCUCCUCCCCUAAAGGGGACCGCCCGGCCGCCGAGCACAAGGAAGAAAGUUUGCAGCUCCCGGGCGAGUCGGGCCGUCGGAGGAAGGGAAGGAACCGGAGGACCGGGACCUCCGCUCUGAGUUUGUGCAGCCGUCGUGGCGUCCGGGGGGCGGCUGCCCGCCGCGCACUGCAGCCGCCGGGCUUCGGGCCACCCCGCGGAAUGGGGCUCGGGGUCCGGUCCUAGGCGGGAGCCACAGGCUGGUCUGGAGGCCGGGGAGGAACUUCUUCCGCGCGCUGCCGCCUGGGCCCUGGCCGCCUGCAGAAACCCUCCGGAUCCUCGGGGGAAGGACUGAUUGCUCUCCGCCGGGAUUCGCCUGGGUUCCGGCGGCUGCGGCUGCAGCGUCUCCCUUUGUCCUCUGUGGACCUCCCUCCCGCCCCUUCUCCCUCCCGCUGUCAGGGAGCGGGCUCCGCAGCUCCAGGCGCCGGCGCCCUCGCAGCUCGUCGUCCCCCCGCCCCACGGUCCUGGGGGACUCCUACCACCGCCGCCGCGUCCCGGGGAGCCCCGCCGAGGGGGCCGGGAGCUGACGGAGGCGCAGGCUCCCCCGCAGGAUGGUGGCGCGGCUGUCGCUGGCCCGCAGUCCGGGGAGCUGGCUGGUCCCGGGGCUGUGGCUGCUGGCGCUCGGCGGUCCCGGGGGGCUGCUGAGCGCCCAGGAGCAGCCCAGCUGCAGAGGCGCCUUUGACCUCUACUUUGUCCUGGACAAGUCUUGGAGUGUGGCCAAUAACUGGCUUGAAAUUUACGAUUUUGUCAAGCAACUUACAGAGCGAUUUGUGAGCCCUCGCAUGAGAGUAUCUUUCAUUGUGUUUUCUUCUCAAGCGACCACUAUUUUGCCAUUAACUGGAGACAGAGGCAAAAUCAAUCAAGGCUUGAAGGACUUAAAAGAUGUUGUUCCAGUAGGAGAGACAUUCAUCCAUGAAGGACUAAAGAAAGCAAAUGAACAAAUUGAGAAAGCAGGAGGCUUAAAAACCUCCAGUAUCAUAAUUGCUCUGACAGAUGGAAAGUUGGAAGGUCUGGUGCCAUCAUAUGCAGAGAAAGAGGCAAAAUUAGCCAGGUCAUUUGGGGCUAGAGUUUAUUGUGUUGGUGUCCUUGACUUUGAACAAGGUCAGCUCGAAAGAAUUGCUGAUUCCAAGGAACAAGUUUUUCCUGUCAAAGGUGGAUUUCAAGCUCUUAAAGGAAUAAUUAAUUCUAUACUAGCUCGGUCAUGCACUGAAAUCCUGGAAUUGUAUCCCUCAAGUGUAUGUGUGGGGGAGGAAUUUCAAAUCGUUUUGAAUGGAAGAGGACUCAACUUGGGCAGUCGCGAUGGCAGUGUUCUCUGUACCUACACAGUAAAUGACACCUACACCAAGAGUGUAAAGCCAGUAAGUGUGGAGGGGAAUUCUGUGCUUUGUCCUGCACCUAGUCUGAAUAAAGUUGGAGAAACUCUUGAUGUUUCAGUGAGCUUUAACGGAGGAAAAUCUGUUAUCUCGAGCUCAUUAGUAGUCACAGCCACAGAAUGUUCUAAUGGGAUUGCAGCCAUCAUUGCCAUUCUGGUGUUACUGCUGCUCUUGGGCAUCGGUUUGAUGUGGUGGUUUUGGCCUCUUUGCUGCAAAGUGGUUAUCAAGGAUCCUCCUCCACCACCACCCUCUGCACCACCUGUAGAGGAGGAAGAGGAUCCUCUGCCAAACAAGAAAUGGCCAACUGUGGAUGCUUCCUAUUAUGGCGGUCGAGGGGUUGGAGGAAUUAAAAGAAUGGAGGUUCGCUGGGGUGAUAAAGGAUCUACUGAGGAAGGUGCAAGGCUAGAGAAAGCCAAAAAUGCUGUGGUGACAAUCCCUGAAGAAACAGAGGAACCCAUCCGGCCGAGGCCACCUCGACCCAGGCCCUCUUACCAGCCUCCUCAGACAAAGUGGUACACACCAAUUAAGGGUCGGCUGGAUGCGCUCUGGGCUUUGUUGCGGCGGCAGUACGACCGGGUUUCCUUGAUGCGGCCUCAGGAAGGAGAUGAGGUUUGUAUUCGAGGAUGUGUUGGGAAGGAGCUGACUGCAUGGGUCUGUAUAAUGAAAGUGAAAUAAUAAUAAUCAAAAAGAAUUUAAAGCCCUCGGUACAAUUGAGGAAGGAAUUAUCAUUUCCUAUUAUAUACGGUGCUUAAUAAAUUAUCUGUUUUUAGAAUACAUCUUCAAGAUGCAGUUUAAUAAGUCCCUUUUCAAGUAAUACAUAAAAAAGUAUGGCCCAUUGUACACUUGCUUUAAUGAGCACACUCUUUGCUUCAGCCUUUGACUUGGAUGACAUCAUGUUCUGAGGUUUCAUCCAUUUGGGAGACAGACUCCAGGUUAGGAAUUGAAGUCUUUCUCUAGCAUUUCCUAGCAAUGAAGAUUGGAGAACACGCCUCAGAGCCUCUAUUUCUCGGUAUAAAUAUGUUAUUUCCCUGCCUCCAACAGUUGAUGAAUCUAAUUUGUUAAAUAUUUGAAAGUGUCUUUGAAAGCAUUAUAGAAAUAUAUACACACAUACACAUAUGUAUAGAAAUAUACAAAUACACAUACACAUGUGUAUGCAUUUUCUCUACCAAGUAAGCCUAUUUGAAGCUUUUUUGUUUUUGGAGAUUUGUCUAGAAUUCCUCCAGUUUUACAAUUUCUUUAAUAUAUAUAUUAGCACUAUUUGCUAUUGUAUCGAUGUAGAAAAAAAAUGUUUAAAAUCUUUUGAUAUGCAACAAUAGUGAGUUUUGUUGAGAAACACACCACUGUUAGUGGUAACAACAGUGUUUUCAUUAUGUGUCAGCACGACCCUGAACAUCAUUCACUUCAGCUUCAGAGGACUUCGGUUCAUUCAGGUGCAAUAAGCUAUUUUUUUUUUUUAAGGAUAAAUAAGUGAUGAGAUUCAUAUUUAUUUUACAGUGCCAAGCUAAAGUUAUAUUUAGUGUUGUAUGGUUCUGUCGUGGUAUUUAAAAGACAAAAAUGUCUAAAUCUUACGAUUUUACUCCUAUGAGAUGGGGGUGAUUUCAGAAAUAUCUGAGUUCAACCAUUUAGGAAAUCUAAUUUGAGAAAAUAUUCCUGGAAUAUUCCCAGAUCAUUUACCCUUUGCUAGUACCACAGGUAGAGAGAAUGAGGUAGUUUUUGAAGCAGACGUUUUCAUUACUAGACUUCUGUGGCUAAUAGAGUGGUCUUAUAUUUAAUGGUACCUCUGUUUAAAUGUACACAUGAUUUGGAGUUCUGCUUCUGCAACAACAUAUAGCAACUCUACUUAUCAUUCAAUAUGCUAGACUUUCUCUUCCUCAUGUUAGACAUUAGUUCAUUUGUUCAAUAAUGUAAGUGUUUGGGAUUGCUAACACUGAAGAUGUAUUGGCCAGCAAAAACAGACAAUGCUCUCAGCACUCUUGCCAAUACUUUAUAUAUUCUUUUAAUUCCCAUAAUUAAAAUUUAUUUUUCAGUCUUUCAAAAUUCCUAUCACUUUUGAUUUAAUUAAAUAAUUUUUAUUAUAAAUAUGUACAAGUAAUGGCAUCAGGUAAUACUAACCAAGGGGGCAGGUGGUGUACAAACUGUAGCUUUUGCUCUUAAGAAACCUGAAAUUUGUUUGGGAACCGAGACAUAUACAUAUAUAAAUAAUGUUUACUCCAGAAUGUGAUCUUGAGUGUAUACAGUAAGAGAGAUUAAAUCUUCCUUUUGGAGGAAUUUUGGAUGCUUUUUCAAAAACAUAGGCCUUAUGUCUUUGAAAAAAGGUAGGAUUUCAUCAGGUGGAGUUAGGUAGAAUGAGCAUUUCUAUUGACGAAGCUUCAUGAGCAAAGUCUCCGAGGCAGCCAAGAAUACUAUCAUUUGUGGAUUACUAGGAAGUUUGGAGGUUGGAGGUUAAAACCAGAAUAGGUUGGGAACAGAAGAGAUCUUUGAGUUUGGAUAAGCUGAUAUAUUUGGUUUUUGAAAGGAUACAUUAGUCUCGUUCAUUCAACAAAUAUUGAGGUAGUGCCUAACAUGGACCAAGAUGUCCCAGUGGCAGGGCUCUUUGUGUUGGAUUUUCUUGGUUAGCCGGGAAAUCAUUGAAUGAGGUUAGUGUUGGAGUUGUUUUGAUUGCAUUUUUCCCCCCAUAUAAAUUGGUGAAUAACAUUUGCACAUAAUUUUGUUAUUUUCCUGUACUCAUAAAAGCUGGUGUAUGUUUACUACUAAGGAUACUUCUUAUGAAGUAUUUGUUUAAUGGUGUAGGAAGUGUGUGUGUGUGUGUGUGUGUGUGUGUGUGUGUGUGUGUAAAUAUAAAGCAAUCUGUAUGUUAUAGGAAUUAGGUAGGCUUUUGGAAAAAUAUUCUAGUUGGAAUUGAAUGCAGUUUGUUUUAUAUUGUCAGGAAACAAAUGAGAGUGCUUUCAUUUCCGAAUUUUUAAAGGAAGGAAUAGUCUUUUUCCUUAAAAAAGGAAAAAGAACAAACCUUAUGAUGUUUAAGAAACAGUAAAACACAAUUGUUUUCAGGCCGUGGCUGAUGGCUCCAAUAUAACAGAACCUCUGCCUCGUCAGCGGCACGUUUCCUACCUUGAAAAACAAUCUUGUCAUUUAUUUAUAAGUUGUUUACUGCAGAUUCUGCCUCCUGAGAGUUCAGUUUAAUAAACAAAUCAGCGAACGUAGCACUAAACCCAGAGUCACGCACACUUAUUCUGCAAGUCAAAUACUCUCCUUUCAUGACGCGGAGGCCGCACCGGGCUCAUUUGCAGAAUUCACGGCUGAAUUGAAGUCCUUGAUCAAGUCAUUGAAGUUCAGGCAUAAAGUAUCAAAGCGGCGCGAGCCAUCCCCGCGUCCCUCGCUCCCGCUCCCUCUCUGCGCCGCCAGCUCCUGCCAAGGAGGCGGUGCGUUCGCGGG